AUGCCGUGGCUCACCCUCAAACGGGCGCCCAAGACGUUCGACGUCCGUGUCACCACCAUGGACGCCGAGAUGGAGUUCAGUCUCGAGUGGAAGUCCACGGGUCGCCACCUGUUUGAUCUGGUGUGCCGUACCAUCGGCCUGAGGGAGACAUGGUACUUCGGAUUGCAGUACAUCGACAAGAAGGGGUACACGGCCUGGCUCAAGUUCGACAGAAAGGUACGAGACCAGGACCUGCCCAAUGAAGAACCUGUCAACUUCCUGUUCAUGGCCAAGUUCUACCCUGAAGCUGUGGAGGAGGAACUGAUUCAGGAGAUCACACAGCAUCUCUUCUUUCUACAGGUGAAACAGUGUAUCCUGAACAUGGACAUCUACUGCCCCCCCGAGGCGUCGGUACUGCUGGCGUCGUACGCGGUACAAGCCAAGUACGGGGACUACGACCGGUCUGUCUACCAGCCAGGAUUCCUGUGUAACGACGACCUUCUGCCACAAAGGGUGCUUGACCAGUACAAGAUGACCCCCCAGAUGUGGGAGGAGAGGAUUGUGGGUCUGUAUGCUGACCACCGAGGCAUGACCAGGUAA